AUGAGUGAUAGCGAAGAUGAAGUGUCUGUCUCUGGAUCAGAAGUCGAAGAGGAUGAUCUUGAUGUGGAAAUGGCUGAUGAUGAUGCACCAGCCAGUGACUGCGACGACAAUGACAUGGACGCAGGCUCAAAUUCUUCGUGUGUAAAGUGGUACCAGAAAGAAAUAUGGCAACUCAGUAAACUUCCAUACUAUGAGGAUCUGGAACGACAAGCGAAUAAAACACUUGCUGACAUAAAGGCUGGUUUAGCACAUGCCAUAAUCCUCAAUGAUCCGAUUACUGGUCUUAUGCACUGGGUACCUGAACUAGAAAAAUACAUCGACUAUCAUGGUCGAAGAAUAAGUAAAGAGGAUCACAUACUAUUUGUUCGUCUAUUGAAUUGUCUCGUCAGAAAGGGAAACACUUUCCGAGAUGUCAAAAUCGCUUUACAUUGCCUCAACAAACUGAUUGGAAAGCGCGAUUUUCUAUUACGCGGUGAUGUGGAAAUUGAUUGGCGACCUCUGCUUGAGCUAUACGUGGAGGUUUCAUACAAAAAUCUGGAGGAAGAUGGGAUCUUCCUGAUGCCGGAUGGUUUUAGAGCCGAAUUACAAGCAUAUAUUUCACACGCCCGCAGAUAUUUCUCGGAUAAUGCUCCACAACAGCUGCUUGACGAGUUGCGCCCGUUGAUGUGCGUUUGGGAUGAGUCUAUUGUGAGAGCUUGGAGAUUGCUUGAGCUGUUCAUGCCUAUGAAUCUCCCCCCUGAAAGACAGCUUACGAAUGGAAGUGCACUAUGGCUUGCAGAAGCCUGGCACUGGUUUGUAACUGUAGAAAACAACAAUCUGGUGGAAGCAUCGAUAUUGAAGAUGUUUGUGAGGCUUUCCGUUGAAUGUCCGGGUUUCAUCAACUGGUCGGAUAAACUUGAUGUGAUAUUCACAAAGCUUAUUCGUUCAUUCCGCCUUGGUAAUGUGGUUGGACUUUGCCAACAGUUCAAUCUGGAAGGUGCCUCAGGCUUCAUCACUUAUGCGAUGGGCACCCAAUGCCACGAAAAGUUGAUGAAUAAGUUAGAGUCUGUAUUUCGACUCGUUGAAUCCUACUUGCAUCCAUCGAACCACGGCAUGCAUACGCAGAAUCUACUUAUGUUCAUGAACAAACUCUCACUCUGUGUGUUGUCGCGUGCCAAACGAGAGCGCAUGGAGAAGACGUCAAACAAACCGCGAACUUUUGUCAAGAUUCCGGCUUCCAUGAGAUUGUCGCAGGUUCAUCUUGAUCAAUUUGUCACCCUAAUGCUACCGUGUUUGAAACUAGCAAUGUUCUCAAAGGCUAGAAAUGAGUUCGUUGCACCGAUUGUGAAGUGCUGUUGCAGCAUUAGCCCGAAAAUCGUAUUACCGGCAGUACUGGACAUUGUGUACCCUGCACUGGAGACCCUCACCGAACCGCAUCGUUUGCUGCAAGCUCUUCAAGUUCUUGUUGCAGUUGCACCAGUACUCGCAAAGGAUCAACCAGGCAAAGACGGUAGAACAUUCCGCAUCCAUGCCGUCAAUCUCAUGAACUCUCUUCUACCCGGGCUGGAUCAAAACGACAUGGGGAAGUGCCUAACAACAUUCCAAAUUGUGGGCGUUUUGGUUAACUUGAUUCCAUUGGUGGACUGCUCUGAUGCCAUCCAUCUUCGUUCGGAUUUGACGGAGGACGAAAAGGAGUUGUGUUCAGCAACUGCUAACUUUGACAGCAUCAUAGCUAUGUUUAUGGACAAGUUGUUGUCUAUGAUGACUGAGUACGGCGAAGCAGCGGUGUUCACCGGUGCACACACCAAUAUCAACGCUAAAACGAAAGCAAACAUGGACGAUCAUAUUUUGCACAGGGGCACGAUAUCUGUGUUCAAGGGAAUAUGUCGAAACUCAAGCACAGCAUUAUACAAGGUGGCCGUUGAUCGACUUUAUACUUUUCUCGGAGAACACGUCUUUGACAGCAAAACAGUAUCAACAGCAAUUGCGGAUAUGGUGUUCGUGGCAGUCAAAAUGUAUCCAUCGUUGUCAUUUGUUCGCUUUUUCUCCUUAAUCAAGAGAAAACUACAGCAGACUAUCAGUAUUGAAACAUACUCGGAAGAAAAAGUUGAUUUCCAAGUGAUAUGGUGGCUCUCAAUGGCUGAUCGAGUGCUAAAGGUUCCUGCCAGCUUUCUACUUGAGAAUUGGGUGGAAGUACGAGGAUUGCUAGAUUUGGUGUUACCGCUGAAGAAGUGCACUUUAGCAACUGAGAAAGCUACUGCAAUUCUGGAAAGCAUCCUUGAGGGUCUCUGUAGCAUAUACCUCCUCGAAUCGCCUACACGUCGGGCCAAUGCUGAUAAGAACUUGGAGGAUGCCCUUGCCAUAAGACACUGGUCGGCUACAGUGGACAAGAAGACUUGGCAGCCGCAGUGGCACGUGCCAUCGCAAGAAGACAUCGACAAAGCCGCAGAGCUUUUCCGCGACUUUGUUCUUCCUCAGCUACAGGCGCUAUCUACACCACAGGACAUGGAUAAGAAGGAAAUGAUGCAUCACAUUCUUCUUAUUCGGAAUGCAGUUCUUGGUGCGUCAGCAUCGUUACCAUUCUUCGACGGGCCCAACUAUGGCUUGGAAGAGUCGCCUUCCUUGGAGGCAAUAGAACAUCCUGUGGCUAGACCUACUAAUGCUCCUAUACUCACUCUAAAUGGUCGGAAUGUACGCGACAUCGUGCUCGAAAGCAUGAAAUCGUUGCUAGAUUAUCUGUUUGAGCAUUGUGAAGAUGACGUGAAAUCAAUUCAGCAAGUUGUCGUAUUGUUAAACACUCUUGCAUCAUGUCGGGGUCUGAAUUCAGAACUGUUCGUGACAUCGGUUCUGAGCUACCGAACAACCAAAGCAAUCCUAAGUGAUCAAAUAGCUGGAAAUCGUGGUAAUAUCGAAAUGUUGUCGGAGGAGUAUACUCUACUUAUGCAUAAGAAACGUAAUGUUACCCAAAGUGGAUAUCAAUUCAAGUCGCAACAUCUAGAAAUUCUUCGCAUGCUGGUCAAGAUUGGAACGAGUACAUACAGUCAGAAUCGGAUCAAAGCACAAUUAGUACUAGUUAAUCUCCUCAAGGAUUAUCCUUUUGCCCAUAAAAGUAUUAUUGGCGAUCUGGUCAGACUUCUCGACCCUACCAAUGACUCAUCGCAUGAGCAAAUCAAGGGAGCUCUUCAUAUGCUGACAGACCACAAGCGUGACGCUUUAAUGUUGAGAGCUGGAUUUGAAGCUCAACUUCAAGCGAUGCCUGCUAUUGUUGGUACACGGCACAGCGAAAAACCUUCGAUAAUUGACCUUCUAGAACAGGCACAGAAUUCUAUUGUAGAACUGUACGAAAGCUAUCGGAUCGAGUACGAUAUAUCUGAUGAAAUGCGAACCAUAGCAGCUUCUUUGCUUGAUGAGAAAGAGGCUUGUCCACUCAACGCGAGCAAAGGAAUGCCAUCAAAAGAGCUUAUUAAAGCUAAUGCGAAUAAUCUUGUGAAACUGAAAGAGAAGCUUACUGGACAGUACUACGAACUUGCCGAAAAGUUACUGUCUCUGGCGCAGGAUCCAAAUCUUCACUGGCGACAUGUUGAUAUGGCGCAAGCGUUUCUGUCACUGUUAGUUCGAAGGGAUAUACCCUAUCCGGAACCAGUGCUGAGAAUGUGGGUGCGCCUUCUAAUACACGACACUGUAAAAGCUAGAAGGAUGGCCACAGCUGUGGUAGCUAGCUGGCUGAAACUAAACAAGCCGAAAGCUGUCAAAAGAGAAUGGGUUAUCCCUAAUAAGGAACCGAAUACGUCUGUUGGUGCACGAUGGCCGAUACAUUAUGGUAUUCGCAAUGACAAUCGGUGUAUGAUGUAUGAAGAGAAGUUACUCCCACAGACUGAAGAAGAGUGGAACAAGUUCCAGUUUUGUGGAAAACAACACUGGGGCUUUUACACGUGGCCAGAGAAGCUUAUAACUUAUGCUCCUUUGGGUGAACAAAAUGCAAUAGAUAGGACUGAUAAGGAUUUGUCGGAGACCGAGAGCUUUAUUGUUGAGACUUUCCGGGACCCCGAAUUCUCGGCUAAGAUGCGAACUCUGUUUGCUGUAGAGGAGUCAAAAGAUGAAGCUUUCAAUGCCGUCAAUUUCUCGCUUUUUCAGGGACUGUUCCGGUGCUUCAACGAUAUACUGUGCAGUGUAUUCAAAGAGCAUUUAGAGGUGUUGAUACUUAGUCCGAAGGGAGCUGACCAGAAGCUGGCUUCUGAAAUAGUCGCCGGACUUAUAAACGGCUCGAAGCUGUGGAAAUGGGGCAGACAGAAGAGAAUGUGGACAUGGUUGUCUCCAUUGCUGACAAGAGCAUUUGAAAAUAUGAAGGAAGAAGCUAUGAGGAAUUGGGGAGUUUGUGUGGCUACUAUAUGCGGCUGCUCAGAAUCCAGGAUGCUGAAGCCACUCCUCGACAUACUCUUUUCGUUAAUUAGCAGACCAACUGAAAGCGCAUUCGCCGCACAGUCACGUCUGUUCCUUUUACAAGGUGGCCUUUGUCAGUUUGAAUGGCGCACAAUAGAGUUAUGGAAUAAGGUGGUCAAUCUUCUCUCGAAAGCUGCUGUUGUGCAGCAGUAUGCAAACCUUCGGGAUCGAAUGGCGAUCUCUCUCGUGACGGCAUCAUGGUUCGAUUUACCGACAAUUUACUAUGGCCCAGAUAUCCCAGAAACGCUCCAUGCUCCAACAAUAGCACACUGUAUUGGGUUGUACGAUCAACAUAUGGGAGCUUGUUGGGAGGAAACGCGGGUAAAAGAAGGAAACAUUUGUUCUGAAUCGAACGAUCUGAAUGGGACUGGUGAAACCGAAGUCAAGAGAAAUGCAAGGCUAGCUUUGAAAGGAGCGCUGUCGUUCACUCUACACGUAGCAGGACAAUCGCUUACAUCGAUUCCUCCGCCAAUUCUUCGUCUUUUACCCGUCUUCUGCCAUUACAGUAAUGACGUUGGAGAUGAAGAACUCUACAAGCAAUGUUUCUCCUUACUUUCACGACUGCUUCAAGCAACUUACAUUCCAGAGGCGAAUCUACCGUGUAUUAUGCAAGUGUUUCGACAGAUCCUCCAAUCAUCUUGCUGGUGGAAGUCGAAAGUGACUUUACUUUGGCUGAUGAAAGUUCUUGUAUUCUCAAAUCUCUACGUGUUCGCGACCGUUCGUGAGGAAAUAGGACAACUUCUUAUGGGAAGUUUGAGCGAAUGCCAGCUGGAAAUCCGACAAACUGCUGCAGAUACACUUUCCGGUUUGAUACAGAGCUCGUUCUUUAAGGUUACACCUGAGCUACUGGAUGCUUUCAAUGAUAGAGCAAACUCAACGGAUCCCAUCAUCCGACACGGAGGUGUUUUGAGUUUGUCGGCGAUAGUGCUUGCCGCACCAUACUCGGUCCCUUCGUAUCUUCCGGAUGUUCUGAUGAGGUUAUGUCGUUUUGCAUCGGAGAAGCAGCCUAUAAGGGAUACCGUGAAAAGAACGUUGUCCGAAUUCAAACGCACCCAUCAAGACUCGUGGCGUGAACAUGAGUCCCAGUUCAACGAAGAUCAGCUCUGUGUGCUACGAGACCUCUUUGUCUCGCCAAAUUACUACGUAAGGGUGUUUAUAUUCGCUCACGGUGUUAUCGGGACGACUCGCAUUUACAUCGGGAACCAAAUAUCAAUGUGUGACAAUUUGCCGUCGCUUUCCUUUUUAUUCCUCGUCUCGUUUACUGAUGCCUUUUCGGAAUCGCGGCUAUUCAUUAAUGAUAGCCGCGCCUUCACUGAGAUGAUUUCGAUCAACCGAUGUAGCAGAGCAUGGCUGUCCUUCAUACUGUUGCAAGAUCUUGGUGUCAUAUGGCUGUGCUACAGGGAACAAGCAGCAGUGUUUUUCAAAAUUGUCACACGGUUAGCAGCAAGGCAGUACUCCCUAGCGGUGACAAUUAUUUGUAUAGUGAGGCUUUUUCUGCUGGUAUUCUUCGAGUCUGCACCGCUACAUGCUUGUCACAUCGCGAUCACUGCGUUCUAUUCGUUGAGUAUGCUCGCCGACAUGUUCUACUACAAAGAUAUCAAUAUUACCACUCCAAACAUUACUAGAAUGGUCGUGCAGGUCGCCACAGCCGUCGCAUUUACGAUAGCUCAGCGUUGGUUGUGCACACCACCGAAAAUAGAACCAGUACGGAGGAAAGGAAGACUUUUUGCUAAGCACUAUAUGGAAGGCGACCUGCUCAAUCCUCCCGAAUCUGACGAUGUUAGAGAAUUAAGAAAGAAGCAGCUAUAA